AUGGGCAUGCUGAAAAGAACGUUUUCCUCAUCCAACAGGAAAAAGAGGCAGCGGUCGAGGGGAAACAAGCAAGCGGGGCACCAGUCCGAUAGCGGCUUCAAGGCCCUGGAGGAUUACUUAAUAGACCACGCGCAGUUUGACAGGAGUGGUGGAGCAGCAGGUGGUGUAGUGGGUGGUGCAGUGGGCAGUGUAGUGGGCGGUGCAGUGGGUACCCGGCAAAAUGGCGCGAAUUGGGGCUCGAAACACUCCGCGCUGAGUGGAAAAGGAGCUAAUGCGAAACCAGCUAGCGCAAAAUCCAAGAGCGGACAGCAGCUAGCCAGGCGGGAGGUCAAAAAAAAGGGAAACUUAAAGCGAAUAAUACGCAACACCCUCUGUCUAUUCAAGUCACCAAAUUUAAGGAACUUAAUAUUUAAAGAAGCAAAGGUAACUGAGCCGGAAAAAAAAAUUUUAAACAUUAAGUUCGUCGUAAAUGAGGAGCCAACCGAGAGUCGCCCCCAGAGUGUGCUAACCCAUAAGAAGAGCAUCGAAGUGAGCAAAUUUGCAGAAAGUAAAAAACAGAUUGUCACUAAGAAUGCCAAAAUAAUUCCAGUGAAGAAACCUUCCCAAGCUGUAAUCGAUAAGCCCGUAAGUAAAAAAAUUGAGUUGAAGGAAGAGAUCUCCGAGGGUAACUCGCAAACGAGUGAAUCGUCCCUGCCAUGCAGUGAGCCAUUCGAAAAGUGCUACAAGGUGGAAAUAAACAAAUCCCGAGUUCCUCGGCUGCAGGAGUUAUUUGGGCAGAUGAGAAAGGGGAGUGACUCCACGGGGGUGGCGGGAGAGGCGGCUGGCGGCAAGGCGGACAAACGCGUCGGCAGGUGCAACAUGUUGGGGGGUAGCAGUGAAAGCGGUGAAAGUAGUGCAAGCGGUGAAAGUAGCAAAAGUGGCGAAAGCAGCGAAAAGUGCAAACGCCGUGGUAGAUGCCCCCCCUUGGGCGAAGAAGCCCAGGCGAACGACCCCACAGGAUGCAAAACCAACGUCUUCAAUAACCUACUACAAAGCGUGAAACCGUGCAGAAGCUACAACAUAGAUGUGGGCCACCCAUUAUACAACUUCUUGUGCAAAAGUGAAGACUCCUUCUUAAGUUCCAACUGGCACGACCGAAUCAAUUACGCAUUCCGAAACAUCUGGGCCUUAAAGGAGUACAUGCACGAUGACAAAAGUGAGGGCGAAAGAGAAAAGGAGUUUUAUAACGAGCUAGAAUUAUUUCACAUGGCCAGCAAGAUAGGGGCCUGCGGAUUAAUAUACUCUCUCUUCUUUCGCAAGCAAGAGUUGAAGAAUGACUCAAUAAGUUAUUUUAAAAAAUGUUUCGUCCAAGUGUCUAAGGAGAACUACCCUCACAUUUACAAAAUAUACAAACCCAAAUUUGAUGAUGAUUUAGUUUUCCUAUUUGACAGUCUCGUCUUUACAGUAAUUUUGGGCAGCAGAAGGAAUGGCGUCAAUUAUAACAUGGCUAGAAAAAUAUACAGCAAUGAUAUGAAGGGGAAGAAUGUUCUAUGCGAUUGUAUAUUUGCUCUGAAAAACGGUUCGAAGUUUGCCUUACCUGUGGCUAGCCAAAUUGACUUCAUGGGGAUGCGCGUCAUUUCGGAGCCGCUAAUGCCUUUAAGUGAGGCCCACCCCCCUGUUGAUGUGAUUAAGGAUAUCUUCAGAGGGUUCACAUUUAGCAAUUACAUGAGUGAUGGUGGUGGCAGCGAAGGUGCCACUGAGAAUGGUCACCUCACUGGGAAGCAAACAAUGAAGAAAACGCCCCAAAAUGAAGGUAAAAAUUUACCCAAGGAGGAAAAGCAUCUAAAAAGGAAAAAAGAAAAAAUGUUCUACGAAAGGCUGCUUCUAGAAAUGGAAAACUACGACCAUGAGCUCUACCAGCAGAUAAAGCAAAUGGGCGAUUCUGUGAAUUACCACUGCUGUAUUCUCCCCUUUGGAUUCUCCAACUACUACGAAUGUAAAGUAUUUAAAAAGAGAAACAACGUAAAACUUUUCAAAUCGCUGAUUGACAAUCUGUUCGUUGUACGGGGGGCAGAAGAGGUACUCCCCCCUUAUGUGGACAACUCAGCUGGGGGAAACUUCACCAAAAGGAUAAGAUACGAAUUCAUAAAAAAUUUCUACCCGCACUCGUUAAGCAAUACCACCUUAAACAUUGAUGUUAAGAAUUAUGAGUAUAAAAAAUGUAAAAAUAAUGUGGACCUUUUGAAGGACGCCAGUAGGGAGUGCCUCCACAACAUUCACAAUUAUAUUUUACCCAAAGUUGUUAGCAUCGUCGCAAAUUUCAGCGACAGUUUUGACGUCACGCAGGUUUAUCACUCCCACGGGGUUAACAUGCAUCACCUGGGACGUCUUCUAAGCACCGAUAGGGAUACUGCACCCCCGGAGUUCCUGUCACAGACCAUCUGCAGGGAGAUUAUUUGCCGCACGUUGAAGUCCAUAUAUUAUGAGCACAUACAUUCGUUUUUGUUAGGAGUACUGGGAAGGGGCAAAAGGGGUAGCAGUGGAAGCUGCAAAGGGGGGAAUCACCGCUGGUUUGACAAUGCCCACUCUGUUUCCCCGUUCUCUAAUGAGGAGCAUACCCACCAUUAUGACCGCGUCAGGGGGGGCACACCAGAACAAUGCAACCAAUUUAUCUGCUUCUGCGAAAAGUGCUUCACGGAGUGGGAUUACUUCCCCGAGGUUGUGCCACAUAAGUUUCUAAUUCGGUUGGCAAACCUAACCCUAAAUGUCAGGGCAGUAGAUUCAGUGCAGUUCUGGCACCAGGUGCUAAUUCCAGAGUGCAUGAAAAAAUUUAAAGUCAAUCUGAAGGACCAUAUUAACAUUAAGGAGGUGGAAGUUUAUGGACUCCUCGUCUGCAUGGAGUACCACUUGGGCGUCUACUUUAACAAGGAGUGCAAGCGGAAUUAUAAAGUCAGGCUGCCUCUAACCUUGGAGGACAUGUGCGCCUUUGGCUCCAAGAAGGAGAGCGUCCUCUUUCCGAACGUGGCCCACCUGAGGGCGGUCUGCGAUUGGGGGGGCGCCUCUGAGAUGGGAGAAGUAAGUGAAGCGGUGAACGAAGUGGUGAACGAAGUGGUGAGUGACUUGGAGAGCAACGCGGAGAGAGAAUACCCGAGCUACCACUGUGACGACGAACCUAGCGCUGCAACCCCCCAUGGGUAUGCGCUUCAAACGGUCAGAAGUAACUCCCGUGAGAAGAGGCGGGGGUACAAUUACAAAUCCCCCUACAGGAGUGUCACCUCGGCUGCAAAGAACAACGCACAGAAGAGUUACAAAACUUCAGGUGGUACAGCAAGUGGAGGAUUGAAAGGCAACCCUACGUGGGAGAAAGGAGCUACCACAAGCAACUACGAUGAUAGUUCUUCCCCCUCCACCAGUGGUAGCAGCAAAGUAGGACACAAUAAUGUAUACACCUUGGUGGAUAAAAUGCGCAAGAAAAAAUGGUUAUCCAGGGGGGGGAGUACCCUUGCGGGAGGAAAACAAAAAAGGGAGCUUACACCUAGCGUUAGUGUGCAUAGCCGCAUAAGGGAGGACCCCCCUAGCAGAGUCCCCCCGCGUAGCAAUUUCCAAAGGAGUAACAUCGCUCUGUUUUACCCCAAAACAAAGGGAUGCUUUCCGAAGUAUGCCACGUGGAGUUUCAGAACGGUGGAAAAGCUAAUAUCAUCAAACGUCAUGAUGCAGGAGAAAUUUAAAGUAAAAAAUAUGCUAAGGGAAAACAUAGUCAACAUAAUACACCCGAAACGUAGUGACUUUCUACAAAUGAGCAACAUAUGCACAGUCGGGUCGUGCAACAAAAUCAGGAGCUUUAUGCAUGAGUAUAAUGUGCCUUGCCACCCCUACUGCAUACUGAAUGAAAAAAUGAAAUGCAUAAAUUAUGUUAGGGCUAAGAAGUGCAUUUAUCUCCUGCUAAAUGUUGGUCUCAAUAAAAACAUUUUCGAGCUAUCCAAACGGUUUUUGUGUCUAGCCUAUCUCCAUUUCGAGCAUGGCUAUGUGAAGAAGUGCCUAGACGUUUGCUACUACAUUUAUGGAGUCAUUCCGAACAUAGGGACGGUAAGGAGGGACAUACUCGCCCUAAUUCUUCAGUGCAAAGUGAAGGAGGGGAAUAUAGACGACGCGCUGAUCAUUUACAAGCUCAUCGUCAUUUUUAACAAAUUUUAUGAGGGGCACGGGAACAGCCUCCACACGCUCAUCUGCAAUGUGCUAAUGGCUAGCUACUACUAUGAUAGGGCAAACGAGCGCACGGGGAGAGGCACCCGGGGGGAGGGAAUCUGUGAAAGCAACAUCUACGAUAACGACAUUUGCGAUGACGAAUGGGAGGAUCACCUCGGUAAGGUUCCCCGUGCAGAGUGCAGAAACCACAACCGGGGUGAUCACCAAACGGGGGAAGCUACCACAAGUAAGGGAUGCGCAAAGAAGAAGCUGAUGCUAGACCAAGUGGACCACCUCGAGUUAAAGAAAAAGUAUCUACUAAAGGCACUGCAUUACUCGGAGGAAAGCUAUCGAGCCAUUUCGACAACGCUAUGUGAUGUGUCUACCCAUUACGUGUGCAUAUAUGCCCUGAUACUACAAGGGAAUAUUCUAAUGGGGCUACACAAAUUCCAGAGCGCGAUCAAAUAUUACACUAUAUCGCUGCAAAAUUGCGAACGAGCCAAACUGCCCAACUUUGUUACUUUGCAAAAUAAGUGCCUCCUAGCGGACUCGUUAAAAAAUAACGGCAAUUAUGAUAAAGCCAUCGAAAUAGCAGAAGAGUGUCUGAAGGCAUUAAGCAGCUGCACGCAGUCGUCUCGCAGUCUAACGCUGUGUGUAAUUUUUCGGCUAGCUGAGAUGAAGCAGUACAUAGGCUGUAGAGAUUUAAUUUACCCAAAUAUCUUCCUAGACAACAUUUCCAAUGCUCACAUUAAAAAGAAAAUUACCUGUUCAGAUUUUCUGAUUUUCGAAAAGAACUACUUAAAUGAAAAGAAUAAAAAGUUUCGGAAGGAGGCAAUUGACUUGUACAUCAUAUUGUAUGAUAAGUUAAGAAGCCAGAAGAACUACAACCUCGUUUUUGCGAAAGACAUCUUCGGCUGCUACUACACCAAGGGGGAGUUGUCAUACUGCCGGGGUGGGAAAGGAGGCAUGCCGGGGGAUGCCACGCGGGGGGAUGCCACGCGGGGGGAUACCAUGCAGGCGGAUACCAUGCAGGAGGAUGAAAUGGAAAAAAUAUUCCUGGUCAUACGAGAGAUCCUCAAAAUAAAGGUCAUUUCGCUAAGCAUGAAGAAGCAGUUCAUGCUGGCUUCCAAACUGCUGGGCAUCGUGCUAACGAAGAAUUCUUCCCCUUUUGUAAGAGAACUGACUCUGCUGAAAAGGGGGGCAGAAAAGAACCGACUGUAUGGGAAGUCCCACCCUGACGAGUGCACCUCCACGGGGGUGCAGCCCAGCGAGGCAAAAAGGGAAGACCACUUGGGUAGCACGGCGCGCUACCCUAACAAUGACCUGUACAUAGCCGACCUGCUUAGUGAUGUGCACACAAAUGGCGAGCAAAAAUAUACCAAACAAACUUUACAUUUCCAACUGGGCGAUUUCCACCAAAGUAGGCAGAGCAAUUUCUUCCACAGAAGUUGUUACACACGUGAAUACGACUACAUAUCUAUCGAGAAGCUCCUCUUCGAUGAUACCUAUUUUGUAAUAGAUGAUAUAUGCAAGUGGUGCUAUUCCAAAUGUGACGCGUAUAAUAGUAAGCAGAAUGUUGGGGCCGAAACCGAUGCUGCUUACUUGCUAAACCCGAGCAUAUGGUUUGAUUUACUUUUCUUUUCCGUCAUGAAAGGCACUUGUAGUCACACCGAACUGCUCAUCCUCAUCGACUUGGUUAAAUUUUUCCUUACUCCUUUGCAAAAGCAGCUAAUUUUAUUUCGCGUCAAAUCGUUAAGCAGUAUUAGCGGGAAUGAGCAGUACUCAGAGUAUAUACAGCACUUGCUAGACAAUGAGGGGAAGGAAAUUUUGCGCGUUAUGAAUAUCCUGGAUAAGGAAAAAAAUUCAGGCAAUUUGUGCGUAGGUGCACACCCCGAACUUUCCAAUUUGCACAAAAAGGAUGUGAUGAAAAAUGUGGACUUUUUGUCUAACAUAAUUGUGACCAACCCUUGGCUUAUGUCGCCUUCCAAUACGUUUGACAGCGCGAGGUGA